AUGUCCGCGCAUCCGGGCUUCGGGAGGUCCGACAGGAAAGUUGCGUGUUGCGAGAAGUGCUCUGCGACGCUCGUUGCUCUGAAGAAGCAGGCUCUGAGCCUGGCGGUCCACCAUCAGUCCUCCUGCAAGGACUCUAGUGACCUGUCUGCGUUUCUUCUCGACAACCUUCGCGUCCAUAGUCGGUCCACCAACGAGUCCAGGGACAGGGACCGGGACAGGGAGCAGGGCGAGUGUGGAGCCUGCGGCGUUAACCUGAACCAGCUCAAACAAGAGGCCGUCUAUUUGGCUCUAAGCAGGGGUCAGCCAUUAGCUAAGCCUCCCUUUGAACCCAGCUUUAGCACCGGUACACUGCUGGGCCAAAGUGAGACAAAGCACGGAGACAGGGCUCCAUGGGAAGCUGCUGCCACGGCUGUGCAUCAACCACACAGUCGCACCCACAGUCCUCACAGCCCAAGAAGCCCGAGGACGCCCCAGAGGACGCCUCAAACCCUCAGACGGAGGGGGCCCAAGCUGCCCAACCCUGAUAUGGACCGCUGGGUCGAGCAGCAGCAGCAGCUGGCCGCUUCUAAAUCUGCAUCCAGCGCUGAGGGUGUCACCAUGUACCCUUACCAUAAGGCUGCAGAUGAUGCUACGCUGUGUCGUGGGGACGCAGGGACCGUACAGACGAGCUCAAAGAUCCCUCACAUAUCCAGAGUGGUGACCAUCGCCAACACUGCUGCCAUGUCCCUUUUAGCCAGGGCUGCAGAGAAGCUCAACUUGACAUCGAGGAAGAAGGGCCAGGCCUCUGAUCCAGCUCCCGCUCAUUUGUCCACCUGCUUCAGGGAGUUGAUCCAGAAGAACCCACCGCCCGUCCCCUCCUGCCUGCUCCAAGCUGCCACUAGAACCAGAGACUCACCCAGUGUUGCCAAGGUCACGGUCUCGCUGAGGGUGAGCCCAACAUUGUUGGAGGGCCACGGCCAACCACCUGUUCUCCAUAUUGACCAGUCCAAGAGAAGAGUGACCAUAAUGGAACUAGUCAGCAGAAGGCAACCACAGGCUACAAUGACACUCGGCAGGGAUGGCAAAAAACAGCUGAAUACCUUCAACUUUGACGCUGCCUAUCCUCAAGAAUCCAGCCAGGCCGAGGUGUGUGCGGGCGUCUUGGCUGAUGUCAUCCGCUGUGUGCUCAGUGGCAGCGAUGGAUGUGUUCUGGGUUUGGGAUGUGCUGAUGUGGGCUCAUGGUCCAGCAUGGUGGGGAGCGGUGAGAGCAUCCAGAAAGUCGGGCUGGUUCCCUGUGCCAUCUCCUGGCUGUACAGCGCCAUCGAGCGGCGGAGGGAGAAGACAUGGACCGAUCUGACUGUAUCCGUGUCAGCCAUAGAGCUCUGCUGCGGAGAGGAGGACACGAUGAGGGAUCUCCUGGGGGAGGUCGUCCCCCAAUUAGGGAGUGUCCAGGACAGCCCAAAAGCCCAUAUUAGACUCCACGAGGACCCGGUCUAUGGGAUACAGCUACGUAACCACAACCGGGUGAAGGCCCCCACUGCUGAGCGGGCUGCUUCCCUGCUGGACGCGGCCAUUGCAGCACGUCGGCACAAUGACUUCCUUACGUACUUGUCUCACACCUCCAUAAUGUUCUUCACUCUCCACGUCCAACCCCCUCGUACAGAGAGCAGCACCAUUGGCAAAGGUUCACGUGGCCCCACAAAGUUGACCAUGAUAGAUGUGUGCAGUGGUAUGAGGGGUCUGAGCAAGAAUAAACCUCCAUAUUCUGAACUGGGCCCUGUGGUCUUAUCUCUACUAAGUGGACAUAAAACCAACCCCACCAAGGGCAGUAAGCUGACUAUGCUCCUUCGAGAAGCCUUGGGUCAUGUGAAUUGCCAUACCACAGUGAUCGCUCAGGUUGAUGACUCACUGGCACACCUUCAAGAGACCCUAUCCACCAUCCAGCUGGCUUCUCGCAUCCGCAGGACACAGAAGAGAACGAAGCAGUCCACUUCAUGUUCUCCUUGCGGGAGGAGUCUGACUAAAGAAAAGAGAGGGCCUCCGUCUUUGUCUCUGCGGGCGUUUCACUCCACCGAUGAGGUAGACGUCGACAUCCCUCGUUUCCGUUUGCGUGGUGAACUAGAUGAGCGCUCCAGUAGCGACCAGUCCUGUGACACAGUCAUCCAAAUAGACUCGGACGGCUUGGUCCACUCCAAAGCAACCUCAAGAUUGGCACAACCUGAAUUUGUGCCCAUCAUAACCUCUUUGCAUUCUAACAAGGCUGACAUGGAUGACCCAGAGUUUACCGCUUUGCUCCAAGAGCUUCUGAGAAUUCCUCAGCUGCAGGGAGAGAAGAAGAACGAGGAAACUGUUCAAGGGAACAUUGAGAUGUUGAAUGCAGACAUCAAGCAGCCAGGGAGGGACUGUCUUAAAUGUGACACAUUCGCUGAACUUCAAGAGCGCUUGGGUUGUAUCGAUGGAAAAGAGGCAACAAUGGAUGCGCUCAAGUCUUCCUCAAAAGGCCCUUCUGUUAACAACGUCACAGCCAAGUCACAACCCCAGAAAGACACAGGGAAACAGACAGACACCGAGUCAUCAGAGGCACCACAGAAAAUGUUGUUGAAUCAGGUGUUGGGCUGCAAUCAGGCCUCUGUCGGAGAAAAGCAAACAGAUGGUGCCUUCCCAGGGGACAGUUUUCAGAGAGAGGAUUCAGGCCUAUAUGACUGUGAGGAGUGCAGUGCAACCAGUUCCAGUGAAGAACUGCUGAAUCAAACUCUCAGUCUUAACAUGACCUGUCGCUCUGAGCUGCCCAAAAACAGAACUCUUAAGUCAGCUGAUAAGCUCUCUUCUCAGAACUUUAAUGUGGAAACUCAGGGCAAGGCCAUCACCAGUUCUGCACUUCUGCCAAAUGGUACACAGGAGAGUUCUGAAGCUGCUGAUUGGUUCAAACCAAACAAAAGGACCUCACCAGUUGGCAAGAGCUCCCCCAUAUCUCCUCCCUCCUCCUGCUCCUCUUCACACUCCUUGGCUACCAGUGUUAUACUCGGAGAUGUCUUACCUAAUCACUCCACAGAGGACGUUAAGGAAAUGAAGGCCACUAUCACAGUUACCGUUCAGCAGCCACUAGAUCUGACAGGUCAAGAUGAACUUGUGUUCUCUAUGGUGGAGGAAGUGACCAUCAGUGGGGCAUUGGACAGAGGGAGGACAGGUGGAAACAUUAUUUGUAUCAGAGACACUGCCCAAUCACAGGCAUAUGUUCAAGGCUCUGCCAGCUCUCAACCAAUAAGGAUAAUCAGCAAUGUUAGUGAAGAAACUGUAGCCGCAGAAUCCUCUAAUACGAACAAUAGCUCUGUAGCUCAAUCUGUAGCAACAGAGGCUACCACUGAGAAGCCCCAGCAUCAAUUCAGAAGGGAACAUAGGUUCUUACCUUCAUUUAUAAAUCAUAUGCUGAUUGAUACAGAUGUGGAUUGUGAAUUUGAUGGUGUGAAAGAAAAAGAAAGUCCUCGUGGCACUUUUACUGAAGUCAAAUCACAGUCUGAUCUCCGAUGGAUUUGUGUUGAAUGUCCAGAAGAUAGGAAGGCACUUCAGAAGAAAAGUGACGCUUUUACUUUUGAGACACAUGCCAAAAAGUCUGACAAAGUGUUUAACGUAUCAUUUAGCCAAAGUUCUUGUGAAGAUUCAGCUUUCUGCGAUCAAACUGCGGAAAACCAAAUGCAAGGCAAGAGACCGAGACAAACAGACAAGAGCCACCCGAGAGACAGGGAGCAUGUUUAUUCCACCAACACUUCAAAGGGCUCAGAGGUGGGGGAAAUCAGUUGCAGACGUGUUGAGAAUGCCCUCAAGAGGAUUGUUUUUUCACCUGGUUGCCAGGAAACCGCCACUGCUUCUUUUAAAACAGGUAGUUUGCCUAGAGGCUGGCAAAAUGCCAACUACCAGGACAGUUACCAUUGCGGUCACAUAUCAGACAACCACAGAGACCCAAGGGGGGUGACAUCAUCCACCCUGAGUAGCCCAGGAGUAACUCUAGAGAGGAGGCAGGGCAGACAGCACUCCCCAGCGGACCACAGCCUCCGUGUCUCCUCUCCUCGGAAAUAUGGAACAGAGUACAAACAGCAUGCUAGUAUUGCUCCUAGAAAGGGCGUUGGAUCUUCGUUUGAGACCUCAAACCUAAGAAUGAAACAUGGUCAGAUGAGUGGGAGGCCAAAUUCACCCAUUGAGGACAGCAGACGGCUUUUCAGUGCCAAACUGGAACAGCUGGCUACCAAGACUAACUCCCUUGGGAGAACCCCAAGAGACUUCCCAACUCUAGAUAGAGGCAGUAGUCAGACCUACGUGAGCUUUAAGGGGAGCUCCAAGGAAAGUACUGAAGGGGCUUGUAUGGUAGGUUAUAAAGGAAGUAAUGAGGGUGAUUGUACCUUACCAAGGGCUAGCAGGAGCCCCAGGAAGAAUCCUCGGACUGACCGCAGUCAUCACUGCUUUCUUUCUGAAAAGCCUCUCACUCAGUCUGCUAGGCAUAUCCAUUCCAAGCUCUCUGCUGUGGGGAAACUUAAAAUGGCCAGCCCCAAAGUCCGUCGACUGUCUGUCCCCAGCAUCAAGAACCUCAGUCUCUCCCACAAAGGCCUGCAGCAGUCCAUCAACCGCAGCGCUAGUCUUUCUCCCGACUGUAAAACUGUUAGCUUUGAGCGGACAUCCUCCUUUCUCUCCUCUUCCCCUCCGCGGUCUUUUCACUCCAUCAGUCGCACUCCGAGCCAGAGCUCCACAUGCUCAUCCACAAAAUCUGCCAUCCAGGGAUUUGUCAAUGGCCGGUUCUCAGACCUUCUUAAGGAAAGGGCCUCCAGCCCCCCUUCAGGAGGACUGGACCAAAUGACCACAUGGCCCUCGCCAUACAGCCGGGUGACUGCUCCCCGAAUGCCCGAUCACCUGAGUGGGCAUGCGAGUGACACCACCAGUGUGUUGAGCGGAGAUUUGCCACCAGCAAUGGGGAAGACAUCCCUGAACUUCUCGAACAGGAACAGUAUGGUUAGCAGUGGAUAUGACAGCAUGGUGAGGGACAGUGAAGCCACAGGCAGCACCAUCUCAAACAGAGAUUCUGUCAGCAACCGGAGCAGCUCUCUUCUCAGUGUGGCUCGAAGCAGCCGGUCAUCUCGGAGGAGAGGCAACGCAGGUACUCACCAGCGCCGCCUUUCCCAUGAUGCACCCCUGUCCCUGAGACGCUCGGCUAGUGGUCUGCGGUCUGGCUGGGUGGAUCGGGGAAUCCCAGAGGCCUACGAGAUCAAGGUGUAUGAGAUCGACAAUGUGCAGAGGAUGCAGAAAAGAGCAGGUGCCUGCAUGCUUCAGUGCCAAGCUGAAGCUUUUGGAGCACCGUCAGCAGAGGACCUCAGAGGUCUGAGCCCGAUGCAACAACCUGAGGCGAGAGCGGGCCGGGCUCCACCUCAUGCCCGCCAAGUGGAUCCAAGAGUUCGGCCUGUGGCAGACCUUCGACGUGGACUCCCUGGAGCAUCUGGAGGCCCUCGAAGUGGUGACGGCCCGGCUGGAGGACAGGCUCAAGCUCUGCAAGGCCGGCGUCAUGAUGGUCGCCUGCUUUGAUGCCGACACCAGGAGACGGCAGAAGAAGAAGAAGAAGAAGAAGAAGAAGAAGAAGCGGCAGAGCAGAGAGCCUUGAAGGGGAGCUGAGAUGAAUUAUGCCGAGGACCAGUUGGAUGAUCCUCUGUCUCUCAGAAUGUUUAGGAUGACACAUUCAAACACUAGACGUUCUCAUCCACCACGUUGAAUGAACCGGGUGCUACACAGGGCCUUCCCUCACAGGGAGGUUAAAGGUCAGAGCCAAUGGCAGAGUGCCAUUCUUACAGCUGCCAAUAUUCUUCAGACGCCCACAUAAGAGCUCACACGUGCUGUUACGCAAUUAGCAACCGUCAUGACCUUAAAAUAUGCUCUUUUUUCUGUUGUCUGCCAUUAGAUGCAGUACAGACGUGCUUCUCCUUUUAAGACCCUGAUUAUUAUAUUUUUUUAAGCAUUGUACAGUAUUUCAAAAGCAGCCGCUUUCAGCUCAGUGCAGCAUGUAAUGCUAGCAAGACAUUUCAGUGAAACUACCAUUUAAAUAUGCUAACCUGCGGAGUAAUGAGAUCAUACAACCAUUAUUGGUUCUCUGGAAAAGGCCUGCGGGCUUCUUUUGGGUUAGAUGUUUGAUAGUCCACUUGAUGUGGGCUAGAACUACGAUGGAGACUUAACAUUGGAGCAGGUUCCUCACUGGUCUUGGCUGGUUCCACUCCUUUGAAGCUACCCGUGGAAGAUUUGGGGCAAAGCAUCUUUUUAACAUGCAUCUUUAGCUCACAGACAAAAGGAAUGCAGAUAAAUGUAUGCGAAACAUAUGAUCACAUAUAUUUAUUUGCUUUUUUUGUUGUUGCUUAAAAAAGAAGAAGUUAUAAAGCACUGAGACUAAUGGACUGACUAGUCGGCCUCAGUGUUGCUCCUUGUUCAUCCACGAUUAAGAGGUUUGCAUCCAUUAUUAUGAAUUGAGUGUUCAUACGGUGCUAUUCUGUGUGUAGCAGAAUACAACUAUGAGAAUGUGUUUGUUUAUUUAAAAUCUUUUUGAAAUGUAAAACAACGGGUGCUUGGUUCAGGUAAUUAUUUAGGAAACAAAGCCGUUAGUGUGGAUAAGUGAAGGACUGAGGGACCAGCUGGCUCCUUCAAGUGACCAACAAACACCACGUGCACGUUUUACCGUCUGCAGCGGUUGAGCAGCGAGUGAUCAAUAAACUGGAACACAUUAGUCAAAGAUUGGAGGCGCAGUGAAAAGAUGUAAUUACAUUAGAGGAAUAACGUCAUCCUGAGCCGGUGAGAGAGAAUGAUGCACAUAAUCAAUGGACAGUGCCGGGUUUCAUACCUGGAUCGAUGCAUUCAAAUGUACAGGGAACACACAAGCCCACACACACACACAUACACACGCACACAUACACACACAUACACACAUACACACGCACACAUACACAUACACGCACACACACAUACACACACACACAUACACACACGUACACGCACACACACAUACACACACAUGCACACAAACACACACACACAGACUCUCACACACACAAGCACACACAAGCACACACCUAUAUACACACACACACACGUACACACACACACACGUACACACAGACACACACUCACACACACUGGACAUCUGUUUUGUGAAACCCAGCAUGUUGUACGUUACUGUUAAUAAAUGACCAUUUAAGCACUUUGUGCUUCCA